UUGAAUUUGGCCAAGUGCUGUGUGUGCGCGCUGCUCCGUGGACACAGCGGCUGCGGCCGGGUGGCGAGCUGGCGGCGCGGGCGAGCCAGCGCGGGAGGCCCAUGACAGUUGCUCCGUGAGCGGGAGCGGCGCCGGCGACGCGCGGGACCGAUGAGGGCCCGCAGGGAAUGAAGUAUGGAUGUGAAGGAGCGGAGGCCCUACUGCUCCCUCACCAAGAGCAGGCGCGAGAAGGAGCGGCGGCACACCAACUCGUCCGCGGACAACGAGGAGUGCAGGGUGCCCACACAGAAGUCCUACAGCUCCAGCGAGACCCUGAAAGCCUUUGACCACGAUUCCUCCAGGCUGCUCUACGGGAACAGAGUCAAGGACCUGGUUCACCGCGAGGCGGAUGAGUACAGCAGGCAAGGACAGAAUUUUACCCUAAGGCAGUUAGGAGUGUGCGAACCAGCCACUCGAAGAGGCCUGGCGUUUUGUGCGGAGAUGGGGCUGCCCCCCAGGGGGUACUCUCUCAGUGCAGGGUCGGACGCGGACACGGAGAACGAGGCGGUGAUGUCGCCAGAGCACGCCAUGAGACUCUGGGGCCGCGGCGUCAAGUCCGGCCGCAGCUCCUGCUUGUCCAGCCGCUCCAACUCGGCCCUCACCUUGACCGACACGGAGCACGAGAACAAGUCGGACAGCGACAACGAGCAACCUGCAAACAGCCAAGGCCAGCCCACCCUGCAGCCCUUGCCGCCUCCCCAUAAGCAGCACUCCGCUCAGCACCACCCAUCCAUCACCUCUCUCAACAGAAACUCCCUGACGAGUAGGAGGAACCAGAGUCCGGCCCCGCCGGCUGCUUUGCCCGCCGAGCUGCAAACCACACCCGAGUCCGUCCAGCUGCAGGACAGCUGGGUCCUUGGCAGUAAUGUACCACUGGAGAGCAGGCAUUUCCUAUUCAAAACCGGGACAGGGACCACGCCGCUGUUCAGCACCGCGACCCCAGGAUACACGAUGGCUUCUGGCUCUGUCUACUCGCCGCCCACUCGGCCGCUACCCAGAAACACCCUGUCGAGAAGCGCGUUUAAGUUCAAGAAGUCUUCGAAGUACUGCAGCUGGAAGUGCACGGCGCUGUGUGCCGUAGGCGUGUCCGUGCUCCUGGCCGUGCUCCUGUCCUACUUCAUAGCAAUGCACCUAUUUGGCCUCAACUGGCAGCUGCAGCAGACGGAAAAUGACACGUUCGAAAACGGGAAAGUGAAUUCGGACACCAUGCCAACGAACACUGUGUCACUGCCUUCUGGCGACAACGGAAAAUUAAGUGGAUUUACACAAGAAAAUAACACCAUAGAUUCCGGAGAACUUGAUAUUGGCCGAAGAGCAAUUCAAGAGGUUCCUCCCGGGGUCUUCUGGAGAUCACAGCUCUUUAUCGAUCAGCCACAGUUUCUUAAAUUCAAUAUCUCUCUUCAGAAGGACGCAUUGAUCGGCGUGUACGGCCGAAAAGGGCUACCGCCUUCCCACACGCAGUACGACUUCGUCGAGCUCCUGGACGGCAGCAGGUUGAUCGCCAGGGAGCAGCGGAACCUUCUGGAGUCAGAAAGAGCCGGGCGGCAGGCACGGUCUGUCAGCCUCCACGAGGCCGGCUUCAUCCAGUACUUGGACUCCGGAAUCUGGCACCUGGCCUUUUACAACGACGGGAAAAAUGCGGAGCAGGUGUCUUUCAACACCAUCGUCAUAGAGUCUGUGGUGGAGUGCCCCCGGAAUUGCCAUGGAAAUGGAGAGUGUGUUUCUGGAACUUGCCAUUGUUUUCCGGGAUUUCUGGGUCCAGAUUGUUCCAGAGCCGCCUGUCCCGUCCUGUGCAGCGGCAACGGGCAGUACUCGAAGGGGCGCUGCCUGUGCUUCAGCGGCUGGAAGGGCACGGAGUGCGACGUGCCGACCACGCAGUGCAUCGACCCGCAGUGCGGGGGCCGGGGGAUCUGCAUCAUGGGCUCCUGCGCUUGCCACUCAGGGUACAAAGGAGAGAACUGUGAGGAAGCUGACUGCCUGGACCCCGGCUGUUCGAACCACGGGGUGUGCAUCCACGGGGAAUGCCACUGCAGCCCAGGCUGGGGCGGCAGCAACUGCGAAAUCCUGAAGACCAUGUGUCCGGACCAGUGCUCUGGCCACGGGACGUACCUUCAGGAAAGCGGCUCCUGCACUUGUGACCCUAACUGGACUGGCCCGGACUGCUCCAAUGAGAUAUGCUCCGUGGACUGCGGCUCGCACGGCGUGUGCAUGGGCGGCACGUGUCGCUGCGAGGAGGGCUGGACCGGCCCGGCGUGCAGCCAGAGGGCCUGCCACCCGCGCUGUGCGGAGCACGGGACCUGCAAGGACGGCAAGUGCGAAUGCAGCCAGGGCUGGAACGGCGAGCACUGCACCAUCGCUCACUAUUUGGAUAAGAUAGUUAAAGACAAGAUAGGAUAUAAAGAGGGCUGCCCGGGUCUGUGCAACAGCAACGGCAGGUGCACGCUGGACCAGAACGGCUGGCACUGCGUCUGCCAGCCGGGGUGGAGAGGAGCGGGCUGCGACGUGGCCAUGGAGACCCUGUGCACGGACAGCAAGGACAACGAAGGAGAUGGACUGGUCGACUGCAUGGACCCUGAUUGCUGUUUACAGAGCUCCUGCCAGAAUCAGCCCUACUGCCGUGGACUGCCCGACCCGCAGGACAUCAUUAGCCAAAGCCUACAAUCCCCGUCUCAGCAAGCUGCCAAAUCCUUCUACGACCGAAUCAGCUUUCUUAUAGGAUCCGAUAGCACCCACGUUAUACCCGGAGAGAGUCCUUUCAAUAAGAGCCUCGCGUCCGUCAUCAGAGGCCAAGUACUCACUGCCGAUGGGACCCCGCUUAUUGGAGUCAAUGUCUCCUUUUUCCAUUACCCAGAGUAUGGAUAUACCAUCACCCGGCAGGAUGGCAUGUUUGACUUGGUGGCGAACGGUGGGGCCUCUCUAACCCUGGUGUUCGAACGGGCGCCGUUCCUCACGCAGUAUCACACUGUGUGGAUUCCCUGGAAUGUCUUUUACGUGAUGGACACUCUCGUCAUGAAGAAAGAAGAGAACGACAUCCCCAGCUGUGACCUGAGCGGGUUCGUGAGGCCGAACCCUAUCAUCGUGUCAUCGCCCUUGUCCACCUUCUUCAGAUCUUCCCCGGAAGACAGCCCCAUCAUUCCUGAAACACAGGUGCUGCAUGAAGAGACCGCCAUCCCAGGGACAGACCUGAAACUGUCCUACUUGAGCUCCAGAGCCGCCGGGUACAAGUCCGUGCUCAAGGUCACCAUGACCCAGGCCGUCAUACCGUUUAACCUGAUGAAGGUCCACCUCAUGGUGGCUGUGGUCGGGAGACUCUUUCAAAAGUGGUUUCCCGCCUCGCCGAACUUGGCCUACACGUUCAUCUGGGAUAAGACAGAUGCAUAUAACCAGAAGGUCUACGGCCUGUCCGAAGCUGUUGUGUCAGUUGGGUACGAGUACGAGUCCUGCCUGGACCUGACGCUGUGGGAGAAGCGGACCGCCGUCCUGCAAGGCUACGAGCUUGAUGCGUCCAACAUGGGCGGGUGGACACUGGAUAAGCAUCACGUGCUGGACGUCCAGAACGGCAUACUGUACAAGGGAAACGGGGAGAACCAGUUUAUCUCCCAGCAGCCCCCGGUGGUCAGCAGCAUCAUGGGCAACGGGCGGAGGCGCAGCAUCUCGUGCCCAAGUUGCAACGGCCAAGCGGACGGUAACAAACUCUUGGCCCCGGUGGCGUUGGCGUGCGGGAUCGAUGGCAGCCUGUACGUGGGGGAUUUCAACUACGUUCGCCGGAUAUUCCCCUCCGGAAACGUCACGAGUGUCUUAGAACUAAGAAAUAAAGAUUUUAGACAUAGCAGCAACCCAGCCCACCGAUACUACCUCGCCACCGACCCGGUCACGGGAGACUUGUACGUGUCGGACACCAACACCCGCAGGAUUUACCGCCCCAAGUCGCUGACGGGGGCGAAAGACCUGACCAAAAAUGCCGAAGUCGUGGCGGGGACAGGGGAGCAGUGCCUCCCGUUCGACGAAGCCAGAUGCGGGGACGGGGGGAAGGCUGUGGAGGCGACACUCAUGAGUCCCAAAGGAAUGGCGAUUGAUAAAAACGGGUUGAUCUACUUUGUGGAUGGAACCAUGAUCAGAAAAGUCGAUCAAAACGGAAUCAUCUCGACGCUCCUGGGCUCUAACGACCUGACGUCAGCCAGACCUUUAACCUGCGACACGAGCAUGCACAUCAGCCAGGUGCGCCUGGAGUGGCCCACUGACCUCGCCAUUAACCCCAUGGACAACUCCAUCUACGUGCUGGACAACAACGUGGUGCUGCAGAUCACCGAGAACCGGCAGGUGCGCAUCGCCGCUGGGCGGCCCAUGCACUGCCAGGUGCCGGGCGUGGAGUACUCCGUGGGGAAGCACGCGGUGCAGACCACGCUGGAGUCGGCCACCGCCAUCGCCGUGUCCUACAGCGGGGUCCUGUACAUCACGGAGACCGACGAGAAGAAGAUUAACCGCAUCAGGCAGGUCACCACGGACGGGGAGAUCUCCCUGGUCGCCGGCAUACCUUCCGAGUGCGACUGCAAGAACGAUGCCAACUGCGACUGUUACCAGAGCGGCGACGGCUACGCCAAAGACGCCAAGCUCAGCGCGCCCUCGUCGCUGGCGGCGUCCCCCGACGGCACCCUGUACAUCGCGGAUCUAGGAAACAUUCGCAUCCGGGCCGUGUCGAAGAACAAGCCUUUCCUGAACUCCAUGAACUUCUACGAAGUGGCCUCUCCCACCGAUCAGGAACUCUACAUCUUUGACAUCAACGGCACACACCAGUACACCCUGAGCCUGGUCACGGGCGACUACCUGUACAACUUCAGCUACAGCAACGACAACGACAUCACCGCAGUGACCGACAGCAACGGCAACACGCUCAGAAUCAGGCGGGACCCCAAUCGGAUGCCCGUUCGGGUGGUGUCCCCCGACAACCAGGUGAUCUGGCUGACCAUCGGGACCAACGGCUGUCUGAAGAGCAUGACCGCGCAGGGGCUGGAGUUGGUGCUGUUCACCUACCACGGCAACAGCGGCCUCCUGGCCACCAAGAGCGAUGAGACCGGGUGGACGACGUUUUUUGACUACGACAGCGAAGGCCGCCUGACAAACGUCACCUUCCCAACGGGGGUGGUCACGAACCUUCACGGCGACAUGGACAAGGCCAUCACAGUGGACCUCGAGUCAUCCAGCCGGGAGGAGGACGUCAGCAUCACUUCCAAUCUGUCCUCGAUCGAUUCCUUCUACACCAUGGUUCAAGACCAGCUGAGGAGCAGCUUCCAGAUCGGCUACGACGGCUCCCUGCGCGUCAUCUACGCCAGCGGCCUGGACUCGCACUACCAGACCGAGCCGCACGUGCUGGCCGGCACGGCCAACCCCACCGUGGCCAAGAGGAACAUGACGCUCCCCGGGGAGAACGGCCAGAACCUGGUGGAGUGGAGAUUCCGGAAAGAGCAGGCCCAAGGGAAGGUCAACGUCUUCGGUCGGAAGCUCCGGGUUAACGGCAGGAACCUCCUGUCGGUGGACUUCGAUCGCACGACGAAGACGGAGAAGAUCUACGACGACCACCGUAAGUUUCUGCUGAGGAUCGCCUACGACACGUCCGGGCACCCGACCCUCUGGCUGCCGAGCAGCAAGCUGAUGGCCGUCAACGUCACCUACUCAUCCACGGGCCAGAUCGCCAGCAUCCAGCGGGGCACGACCAGCGAGAAAGUAGAUUACGACGGGCAGGGGAGGAUCGUGUCGAGGGUCUUCGCUGACGGUAAAACGUGGAGCUACACGUACUUGGAAAAGUCCAUGGUCCUGCUGCUGCACAGCCAGAGGCAGUACAUCUUCGAGUACGACAUGUGGGACCGGCUGUCGGCCAUCACCAUGCCCAGCGUGGCCCGCCACACCAUGCAGACCAUCCGCUCCAUCGGCUACUACCGCAACAUAUACAACCCCCCCGAGAGCAACGCCUCCGUCAUCACCGACUACAACGAGGAGGGGCUGCUCCUGCAAACGGCGUUCCUGGGCACGAGUCGGAGGGUCCUGUUCAAGUACAGGAGGCAGACCAGGCUCUCGGAGAUCUUGUACGAUAGCACCCGAGUCAGCUUCACCUACGACGAGACGGCGGGAGUCCUGAAAACAGUGAACCUCCAGAGCGACGGUUUCAUUUGCACCAUCAGGUACAGGCAGAUCGGCCCCCUGAUUGACAGGCAGAUCUUCCGCUUCAGCGAGGACGGGAUGGUCAACGCGCGGUUUGACUACAGCUAUGACAACAGCUUUCGCGUGACCAGCAUGCAGGGCGUCAUCAAUGAAACCCCGCUGCCCAUUGACCUCUAUCAGUUCGAUGACAUCUCCGGCAAGGUGGAGCAGUUUGGGAAGUUCGGGGUUAUAUACUACGACAUCAACCAGAUCAUUUCCACGGCGGUCAUGACGUACACGAAGCACUUCGACGCGCACGGCCGCAUCAAGGAGAUUCAGUACGAGAUCUUCAGGUCGCUCAUGUACUGGAUUACCAUCCAAUACGACAACAUGGGCCGGGUGACCAAGAGGGAGAUCAAGAUCGGGCCCUUCGCCAACACGACCAAGUACGCGUACGAGUACGACGUGGACGGGCAGCUGCAGACGGUCUACCUGAACGAGAAGAUCAUGUGGCGCUACAACUACGACCUGAACGGCAACCUGCACCUGCUGAACCCCAGCAGCAGCGCCCGCCUCACCCCGCUCCGCUACGACCUGCGGGACCGCAUCACCCGGCUGGGCGACGUGCAGUACCGGCUGGACGAGGACGGCUUCCUGCGCCAGCGCGGCACCGAGAUCUUCGAGUACAGCUCCAAGGGGCUCCUCACGCGCGUGUACAGCAAGGGCAGCGGCUGGACGGUGAUCUACCGCUACGACGGCCUGGGGAGGCGCGUUUCCAGCAAGACCAGCCUCGGGCAGCACCUGCAGUUCUUCUACGCCGACCUCACGUACCCCACGAGGAUCACGCACGUCUACAACCACUCGAGCUCGGAAAUCACCUCCCUCUACUACGACCUCCAGGGGCACCUCUUUGCCAUGGAGAUCAGCAGCGGGGACGAGUUCUACAUCGCGUCGGACAACACGGGGACCCCGCUGGCCGUCUUCAGCAGCAACGGGCUAAUGCUGAAGCAGAUCCAGUACACCGCGUACGGCGAGAUCUACUUCGACUCCAACGUCGACUUCCAGCUGGUCAUCGGGUUCCACGGGGGCCUGUACGACCCGCUCACGAAAUUAAUCCACUUCGGGGAGAGAGACUAUGACAUUCUGGCAGGGCGGUGGACCACGCCGGACAUAGAGAUCUGGAGGAGAAUCGGGAAGGACCCAGCUCCUUUCAACCUGUACAUGUUCAGGAAUAACAACCCUGCGAGCAAAAUCCACGAUGUGAAAGACUACAUCACAGAUGUUAACAGCUGGCUGGUGACAUUUGGCUUCCAUCUGCACAAUGCUAUUCCUGGAUUCCCGGUUCCCAAAUUUGAUUUAACGGAGCCUUCCUACGAACUUGUGAAGAGUCAGCAGUGGGAUGAUACACCGCCCAUUUUCGGAGUUCAGCAGCAAGUGGCGAGGCAGGCCAAGGCCUUCCUGUCCCUGGGGAAGAUGGCAGAGGUGCAGGUGAACCGGCGCAAGGGUGGCGGCGCGCAGUCGUGGCUGUGGUUUGCCACGGUCAAGUCGCUGAUCGGCAAGGGCGUCAUGCUGGCGGUCAGCCAGGGCCACGUGCAGACCAACGUGCUCAACAUCGCCAACGAGGACUGCAUCAAGGUGGCGGCGGUGCUCAACAACGCCUUCUACCUGGAGAACCUGCACUUCACCAUCGAGGGCAAGGACACGCACUACUUCAUCAAGACCAGCACGCCCGAGAGCGACCUGGGCACGCUGCGGUUGACGAGCGGCCGCAAGGCCCUGGAGAACGGCAUCAACGUGACCGUGUCGCAGUCCACGACCGUGGUCAACGGCAGGACGCGCAGGUUCGCCGACGUGGAGAUGCAGUUCGGCGCGCUGGCGCUGCACGUGCGCUACGGCAUGACGCUGGACGAGGAGAAGGCGCGCAUCCUGGAGCAGGCGCGGCAGCGCGCGCUCGCCCGCGCCUGGGCGCGCGAGCAGCAGCGCGUGCGCGACGGCGAGGAGGGCGCGCGCCUCUGGACGGAGGGCGAGAAGCGGCAGCUGCUGAGCGCGGGCAAGGUGCAGGGCUACGACGGCUACUACGUGCUGUCGGUGGAGCAGUACCCCGAGCUGGCCGACAGCGCCAACAACAUCCAGUUCCUGCGGCAGAGCGAGAUCGGCAAGAGGUAACCCCGCCCCCUCGGGGACGGGGACAGCGGCGGGCGCCGCCGCGGCCCGCGAGCCGAACCCCACUUUGCUCAGAUCUGUCUGUAGCACAAUCCGUCUGGGACUCUCCGACACGGAAGAGCCUUCUGCGAGAAUGAUACCGCUAUUUUAGAAAGAAAAUCCACGGAAGAAAAAACAAAAACAGAACUCCUUUUCUGAAUGACCUUAAAGGUGAUCGGCUUUAAAGAAUAUGUUUACAUAUGCAUAUCGCUGCACUCAGUUGGACUGAAGGUACUAAUAAAAGGAACAAAUAAUAAAAAGAGAGAAAAAAAAAGGCCUAAUCGUUUUGCCCUGGGCCUUCUGUCCCUUUGGGGCACUGUAUUUAACGAGGGUAAAGAUGCCCCAUUGGUUCCAAAUAUUACCGAAUUGUCGACCUUUGCUUACAAAGAAAUAGUGUCUGCAAUAGGAUGUGAUAUAUAGCUCUGUUCAUUUUGCAAUGUGGGGCGAAAUUACAGUUUAUAGACGACCCAUCUGCUUUCCCUGUGCUGCUUUGUAAAAGGACACGGGCACAAGUGACUUCUCCAAGGGGAGAUCGUAAUGCAUUUUACGAUGCUGUCGUGGUUUGCCGGCGGGGGGGGAGGGGGUGGAAAACUGGCAGAUACAACCCUUGUCACUGAUAAGCAAAGGAACCCCUGAUUUUUUUGUAAAUUAUGUGAGACAAGUUGUUUAUGGAUUUUUAUAUGAAUUACAAUUUACUGUACAUCAAAUAUUAGUCUCAGAGGAGUUAAUUUAUGUAAAGUGUUUAAAAAGUUUAUACUUAAAAAUAAAAUGAUAAAAACAUGUGAGCUGUGUGAUUUUUUUAAAGGAUUGCACCUUUUGUUACCUGUUAUAGCUGUACAGUAUAAAUUAUUAUAUUGUAGAGAUAUAACGACUUAUGCCUAUAAUGUCCAGAAGUGUUCAUAUUUUUGUAUUAGGUUGAGAAAUGUGCAGCUUUCUAUCACGAAACGGAUAGACAGUGCAAUCCUAAGUGGGUGGCUAUCCAGAGAAUUGCCUCUUUCUCUUCCUUCUCUUUCCCAUCAGGCCACUGUCCUCAUCAAUAUCAACCAAGAGGCACAGUUAGGAAUCUAAGGCUGGUGAAACGUACUGGGGGUGGGGAGUAGGCAGGAGCCGUUCCAGGUCCCCUCUCCGGGCCCUAGCAGUCAACGGGGAGUUGAUAGAAUUUAACCACAGGGUCUUCACCGUUCCUUGAAGCUCCGUUUCAUGACGGAGGCGAGAGAUCCCAUCAAAUGCUCGGGGAAACUGGGAAGAAAAGCAUCUCCUGUAGUCGUGACCAUGAACACGUGUCUUAAGAUCUAGGGAAGACGGCAGAAACCCAGCAGUGGUGAGAGAGCCAAAUGGAGUAGGUCAGGGUCACUCCGCUAGUCUUGGGUUUGGACCCUGGGGUCACCAAGAGGGACAAAAAGGGGAGAGAUGCUCCUGUGAGCCCACACGCCCCGGCCACCUUGGGAGCUGGUGCGAACGGCAGCCCCUGCUCUGUCGGGGAAGCUGGGGCGCCAUGUCCAGCCGGCAGGGAGUGGCCAGCGGUGCCCUCCUGCGCAUGCGCGCGCGGGGCCCAGCCCAGAGCGUCUACACUUCCGUGCUGGCUCAGCCGCUCUUGCAAAUCUCUUGCGUGAGCACUCGAUUCAGCCACAAAAAAAUAUUUUUAGAAAAUAUUUCUCAGUUCAUUGAGCUAUAGUACACACUGUUUUCCUCUAUGUAUAAUGGUGAUAAAAUAUAGCAAGUGAACAUGUCGUUAAAUAUAAAGGUUCAAGUGAUGUAUUGAAAAUAAUUUUCUAACUGCUUUGUAUGUAUCACAUACUCUAAAUUGCACAGUAGGCGUGUUUAUUAAACAGAUUGGCUGGGAAAGUUUCAAAAUAGCUACUGACUUUACAGUAUCAGUGCUAUUACUGUCUUUGUGUAUUUGGUAGAGCAUACCGAAGUAAUUAAUCUUCUAAUGAAUGCUGAUAUUUUAUUAGAAUGAAAGCACAGAUUAGCAUUAAUAUUUUUUAUCCUGGAAAUCCUUUGGCAAGUAUUAGGAAGCCCAAAUUUAGGAAACGACAAGAUUUCAAACCACAUACACAUGGCUCUGUUUUACGUUUUAUUUUUUAACUGUUAACUUAGGUGUCUGCAGUUCCGUCCGACGGCAUCUCUGCAGGACUGUGUUUAGCAUGCUGUAAGGACUUUUGGUUGAAGUAGGCUCUGGGUCUCAAUUCUCAGCAAUGUUCCUGAUGUAUUGACUAUGAAAAGCUUGUACCCCGUGGCAGAAGUGAAAUGAUAAUCUUACCCUCUUCUCGACACGGACUGGUCCCUUCCACUGGCCCAGAUAACAGAUUUACAGUAUCUCCUGGUGCUCAUUUUAGAUGAAGUCAAAUCAACCCAAUUAGUGUCUUGUUAGUAGGUCUAAUGAGCCUAUUUCUUUCUAAAAAGACUUGUGAUCCGGACAUGCUUUUACGAGAAAUAGUGACCUUGGGGAAUAUGUAAACAAAAGACCUUUUUUUCUAAGAGUUCGGGGUGUGGGGGGACUGUAUAAUGAAAAGAAUUAGCUUACAAAAAAAAAGAAAUUGAUAUUCAAAGUAUUUUAGGCAAAGCCAGUCAAAAUGCUUUCAUGAUAUUUUGAGAUGUAAAUUUUGUCUGAUUUGUAUUGUUCUUUUCAUUUGCCUUCUUAACUUUAUAUGUGACCUGAAUUUUCCAUAACUUGGUGACUAUAGGUUGCAUCUAGGCAUUCCAAUAAAAGCCAACCCAAUG